AUGGGUUAUUUAUUUUCAAAAUUGUGGAGUCUCUUCACAAAUGAAGAACAUAAAGUAAUAAUAGUUGGUUUAGAUAAUGCUGGAAAAACUACCAUAUUAUAUCAAUUUUUAAUGAAUGAAGUUGUCCAUACCUCACCGACCAUAGGAAGUAAUGUAGAAGAAGUCACGUGGAAUAACAUCCAUUUUUUAAUGUGGGACAUCGGUGGACAGGAAUCAUUACGAGCUGCCUGGAACACUUAUUAUACCAAUACAGAGUUUGUGAUAGUAGUUAUUGAUAGUACAGACAGAGAGAGAUUAAGUUUAACGAAGGAAGAACUCUGUAAAAUGUUAGCUCACGAGGACCUGAAGAAGGCAGCAGUGUUAGUGUUUGCCAAUAAACAAGAUAUUAAAGGAUGUAUGUCUCCAGCUGAAAUAUCACAACAACUUAGUUUAACUAGUGUUAAAGACCAUGUCUGGCAUAUACAGGCCUGUUGUGCUUUAACUGGUAAAGGAUUAUAUAAGGGUUUAGAAUGGAUAACAAGUCAUUUAAAAAGGAGGUGA